AUGGCGUCCUACCUCGCCUCCAUCUAUGGCACAGAGCAGGACAAGGUCAACUGCUCCUUCUACUUCAAGAUCGGCGCCUGCCGGCACGGCGACCGGUGCUCGCGCAAGCACACCAAGCCACCGUACUCGCAGACAAUCCUCGUCGCCAAUGUAUACCAGAACCCAAAGCAUGCAGACCCCAUGUGCCCCAUCUCCGAGGAGGAGCUCCAGGCGCAGUUCAAUGACUUUUACGAGGAUUUCUUCGUCGAGUUGGCAAAGUACGGCGCCGUAGUGGAGAUGCACGUCUGCGACAAUGUCGGCGAGCAUCUCAUCGGAAAUGUCUAUGCGAGGUUCGAAUGGGAGGAGGAAGCGCAGCGGGCUGUGGACGCCCUCAACGACCGAUGGUAUGCAGGGAGACCGCUCUUUGCCGAACUGUCGCCCGUGACGGACUUUCGAGAGGCGUGCUGCCGACAGCACGAGAGCAACGAAUGCCAGCGAGGCGGCUUCUGCAACUUUAUGCACGUCCGUCCGCCGAAUCAGCGGCUGGUUCACCAGCUGCACCACGAGCAGAGCGUAGAGGUCAAGAUGCGAAAGAGAAAGGAGAGAGAGGCAAAGGCAGCAGAGAGAGAACACCGAAAGGGUGGAUGGAAGGACGACGUGGAGGGGACCGCCUCUCCUAAUGGUAGUGCGACCGGGCCGGGAACCGGGGGCGACGAUUGGCGCAGGGGAAAGAGUGGCGGGGACUGGAGAAAUGGACCGAGCAGCGGCUCGGAUUGGAGGGGCGCUGAGGGGGGCGAAGAUCAGUCAUCGAGGCGGAGAAGCCAAUCGCCACCAGGCAGGAGAGAUUAG